GCGUUGUCUACUCAUUUUAAGUACAAGUGUUGUCUACUCCUAACUUUCUACGUCCCACCACAAUGUCCGCAAGCAACCUCGUCCAAGUCAAUUCCCCCGAACACUUCAGGGAACUCCUCUCUGCAGACCUCAACAGGGUUUCGUGCCUCAAUUUCUGGGCACCUUGGGCAGAGCCAUGUGUCGCUUUCAACAACGCUGUAGAGCAAGAGGCGGCCCAAUUUCCUUCAGUUCUCUUCUUAAACAUUGAAGCUGAACAAUUGGCCGACAUCUCCGAAUCAUUUGACAUUGAAGCAGUCCCUUCCUUCCUUGUCCUUCGUGGGCACACUCUCCUGGCUCGACACUCUGGCGCCGACGCUUCCCUCCUUCGUUCUCUCCUCACUCAACACGCCUCCCCCUCUGCCCCCCUCUCUACCUCUUCCGCCCAACCCCAAGCCCCUGCCGCCGCCCAACGUCCCCGGACAGAAGCAGAAAUUGUCGCCCGCUGCCACGAACUGAUGAACAAGCACAAGGUUGUGUUAUUCAUGAAGGGAAACCCUACAGCUCCUAAGUGUGGGUUCUCAAGGCAGACUGUGGGAUUAUUGAGGGAGCAAGGAGUGGAAUUUGCUUGGUUUGAUAUCUUUAGUGAUGAGGAUGUAAGGCAAGGAUUGAAGAAGGUUAAUGACUGGCCUACAUUCCCGCAAAUCAUUGUGAAUGGCGAGUUGGUAGGCGGUCUUGAUAUUUUGCGGGAGAUGAUUGAGAAUGGAGAAUGGCAAGAGUUGAUGGAUUCUAUCGAGGAGGGCAAGGCGGAAUAAAAAGCGAGCGCCUGGGAUUGGGGAAAUGAGUUGUGGUUUUCUCGCCUGAAAUAGUCAAUUAAUCGUCUAGCACGGUGGAAUCUCGUGAUUACAAGCUUCACUCCCCUUCAGUCUCUUUCAGCUCUUGUAUGAUAUCAUCGCCACCCUCCAUAUUAAGAUUAUCCUCAGUCGCUCCAUUAUUAUCCUUUGAUGAUCCAUCCAACAAUACCACUUUAUUCCUUGCCUUCUCUUCUUCCUCUACUUGACCCGGGCGGAUCUCAACAUUUUGAAGCAUAUCGUUAGCGACCAAGAAACGGAUGGUCUGGGAUAUCUGCGAGAGUGUAUUUUGGAUGGGGUUGGCGAGUAACUGAGAAAAGGAGUUCAGAUCAGCUUAAACGGUUCUCAAGGCAAAAAGGGAUGAAAUAGAGACUUACAGCACCAAGCAUACUGGGCCGUUCGAAAGGAUUAAGUUUCCGAGCGGAAGGUUGCCGGGGCUGCC